UUGUCGUUUUAUGUUUUUGUUUCUCUUGCUAGUUCAAGUCAAAAUAUUGUACAGAAAGCUUCCAGUUUUCAUCGUACUGCUCUAAUAAUGGUACGUGUCAAAAAUCAGAUGCUCCGUACCCUAAGACAUGUAACUAUUGUGAAUGUAAAGAAGGAUUUGUUGGUAAACGCUGUGAAAAGAAAGCAAUGUCUUGUCAAAAUUUUCAUGGUCAGUCUGAUGGCUGGUAUACAAUAUUUACAAAUAAAAAUAAAAUGGCCAAAGUUUAUUGUCAAUUUGAUUCCAUGAAUGUUUGGACAUUGGUUAUGUCCUAUAGCUUUAAGUUCCGUGCUCCGUAUAGAGAUCGUCCCUAUUAUGAAAAUUUUCCUCGUAACGAAAUGAAUGAAACAUGGGAAGAUCACAGACUUUCUUUCGACGCAAUGAAGAGUAUAAAAGAAGACGGAAACACGUUAUGGCGUAUCACGUGCUCAUACGGUGACAAAGGCUGGAAUGAAACAGAUUUAGUUAUUGCAACCCAUAAAAAUGCACCAAUUUUCCAAACGUUCAUUACACCACCACCAGUUUGCCUGAACGUCAGGUAUAUUAAUAUUAGAGGCUACAACUGCAAAGACUGUAGCGUUCCUUUUUGGCAAUAUGAUGUCGAAAUUCUCCAUUUAGAUAGUUCAUCAGCUUUAAAUUACUGCAAUAAGAAAGAUUUUAAAUCAACUUCCUGUACAGGUGAAGGAGGAGAAGAUAAUUUUGGAUAUUAUAAAUGUUAUAACGCAAAACAUCGUUGCUCAUCAUCAAAUAAUGCCACAACACAACUGUGGUUUGGCCAACAAAUGAAGUAUAUUGAUGAAUAGAAACGAUGACUUCAUUUUCAAGGAACUUACAAAAAAAAAAUGAAGUAUAUUGAUGAAUAGAAACAAUGACUUCCUUUUCAAGGAACUUACCAAACUAAACUUUGUUUACAUAA